GGGAAGUUUCUCACUGAGCUGUUGCACCCUGGCUGUGCAGAGCUGCUCCUGAGGAGCCUUUUCCUGCAGCUGGGCAGGCCGGGACAGCAGAGAUCUGAGAACAGGACAGGGCAGCUGCAGAGAGGACUCGCUCCCCAGUGCUUCCGUCCUGGCCGGGAUGCGGUGGUGAGGGGCUGGGCCUGCCCCCAUCCCUGCCACUCAGGGAACAGCUUCACUACAGGAUCCAGGGCUCCAGCUCCAAAUCAAAACUCCCAGCCUGCUGGCAAGGGCCCCAGGAGGUGGUGCGCUGAGUGGAGCAGUUCAUCAGCUCCUGUCCAGCCCUGAGGACAGGAAGAGCCGCCCUGCCAGAUGCUGGGAGCCCGUCGCCCACACUCCGGCGCUGCCCUGCUCUCCGCCGUCCUCCUCCUGCACGUUCAGGCUGCAGGGGCUGUGAGUUUCCAGGUGCUGGUUCCCGCCGGCCCCCUCUCUGCCCCGUUGGGGGGCACUGUGCUGCUGCCCUGCCACCUCUCCCCUGCGCUCAGCGCCCAGGCCAUGCAGGUGAAAUGGAGCCAGUUAGGCCAGGACGUCCAUGUGUACCUGCCAGACGGGAGCGAGGUGCAGGGUGAGAGGUACCGGGGCAGGACGGAGCUCCUGCGGGACGGGAUCCAGAGUGGCAGCCUGGCCCUGCGGAUCCGGAACCUCACCCUGCAGGAUGAAGGGCGCUACCUCUGUGACUUCCAGUCCAACAGCACCUUUGGCAAUGCCACACUGGAGCUCCGUGUGACGAGCUCUGGCUCGGACCCCCUCCUCCACAUUCAUGGAUACAAUGGCAAGCAGAUGAAUGUGACAUGUCUCUCUGUGGGGUGGUACCCGAAGCCAACGGUGCUCUGGAGAAAUGGCCACGGGGAGAAACUGACCCUAUCUCAGAAGGAAAAAAUCUCCAGCAACCGGGGCCUCUUUGAUGUCUCCAGCUCCGUGGUAGUGACCGAGCACUCGGACCCAACACUGAUCUGUGCUAUCAGACCCAGCUCACCCGGCCCAGAGAAAGUCUCAGCCAUUCUCAUCUCUGAUAACUUUUUCCCCCAAGGCUCCUCUUGGAAGGUUGGCCUCUUCUUGUUCCUGUCAGUGUGUGUUUGCCUCCUCUCCUUGUCUGCCUGCUACUUAUGGAGGGUUCAAAGAGCAAAAAGGAAAGCCUCCAAUUUAACCACAAAGAAGUCCCCCAGAGGAUCUGUACGGGCCAGGAGGGGUCAGACAGCAGCUGGGCCUGAGCAGGUAGGAAGGAAGGAGAAGGAUCCACUCUGGACAACAGUUUUCCCCCGGUUGGUCACGGCAGAUCCAUAUUCCCCAUCGGCUGCUCACAUCUUAGCCGUCCUCAUGGGCUCUGAUUCCUUGCUGGGUUACCCCAAGAUGAAGGUCUACAGAGAAAAAGAGGAUGUCACUCUGGACCCAGAUACAGCUCACCCCAGUCUGGCCCUUUCCAAGGACCAGAGAAGCGUGACAGCCACAAAAACAAAGCUGACUCUGGCCAACAACCCAGGGAGAUUCGACAUUUACUCCUGCGUGCUGGGCUCUGACGGCUACGAGUCGGGGACACAUUACUGGGAUGUGGAGGUGGCUGGCACAGGGGGCUGGGCUCUGGGCAUCACCAGGGAGUCUGCCAGCAGGAAGGGAUGGUUCAAUUUCAGCCCCAAGCAAGGCACAUGGGCCAUCCAGUUCUCCAGGGGCCAGUACCGGGAAAUCACUGCAGAAUGGAGCCUGCUGGACCAGUCGCAGAGCCCUGGCAAGAUCAGAGUGUAUCUGGACUAUGAAGGAGGGAUUGUGUGCUUCUACGAUGCUGACACCAUGGCCCCCCUCCAUGCCUUCACCUCCUCCUUUUCUGGGAAGAUCUACCCGUUCUUCUGGGUCUGGUCUGUAGGGACCUCCCUCAGACUGUGUCCCCCACAACCCUCCAAUAACUGAGGGAACAGUCUAGAGGCUGCUAUCAUUUCUGAGGACAUCAAUGGACAUUGGAUCAUGUUUUGUCUCAGCCAGAGAUUGAAUCAUGAACACUGUGAUGCGUCUGGAUUUUAGCCCAUGAGGCAGCAUCUCCCUUAAACACCUCUUUGCUGCCUGCCACCCUGCCCCUCAUGCAUGGGAAAUGCUCCCUAAUAAAACCCAAGCAACUGCUACCUUCUCCUCCCCUAGGUCCCUUCUUAAUUGUCCCUUCUGCCAUGAUGCCUCCAGAACUCAGCCUGGUGAUCAGGGCUAGACAAGUGAUCUGCUGUGAAUAUGACUCUUCUUCAUCUUUCCUAUCCUGCUCUACCUUUACCUCUGUUUUACAAGUUUUAUUAAAGUUAUGAUUACCCAAGCAUAUAGAAAUACCAUACAAACCUAUGCACAAGUUACAAAUAGUUAUACUCACAUCCUCCUAGAUAGUGUUAGGGGCUGUUGUGUCUCUCAUGACUUGAUCAUCAGUAGAGGGGUGGUUCCUGCUGGGGCUUCCCAUAGGGAACUCCGUUUUUCUAAUCUAGGUGCCCGCUUUAUAAUUUGAUUCUGAUUAUACUUCAUUCUGCGCAUGUCCAUAAAAGUGUCAACCCUUUUUUCUCUUAUUGGUCUGCUGUCCCCCUGAAACUUAGGCUGUGUAAGUUCCCUUUGUUCUCACUAGCAUUGACAUACAACCUGUAUCCUGUGGUUAAGAUACAUGUCAGAGACAGAUGUGCCUUUACAGUAUUGUUAUGAUCUAAUUUUAAUCUUCUGGGUAU